GGAUAAACUGGAUUUAUCUACAGCAUGCCGACUUAAGAGUAGCUAUGAGAAAAUCUAAUCCUGAGGACAAAAUCUAAUCUCAAGGACAAUCAUUUUGACAUUAAUUUUCACGGAGUGGAGCCCUUGUCUGCUGUUCUAACAACUUGAAAUUUUGUUUAGUUCCGUGCUUCAUGCUUUUUAACCUUCCCUAUCCCAAAAAAAAACUUCUUGGUUCAUCUGUGUGUAGUAAAUGGGGAAACAACUGGUCAAAUACUUUGUGGUGGACGCGUUCACAGAUUCAGCUUUUAAAGGGAACCCUGCAGCUGUAAGUUUAUUAGAAGAAGAGAAAGAUGACAAGUGGUUGCAGUCUGUUGCUGCUGAGUUCAACAUGCCUGUAACCUGCUACUUGACUCGCAUCACUCGUUCUGACACUAUUUCUUCUACUCCCAGGUUUCGUCUUAGGUGGUUUGCUACUGUUGUUGAGGUUGCACUUUGUGGUCAUGCAACAUUAGCAGCUUCACACGCCAUCUUUUCUAAUGGUUUGAUAGAUUCUGACAUCAUUGAGUUUGAGACACUAUCUGGGAUUUUAACAGCUAAGAAGAUUCCUAAAAUUAUCGAAGACAAUGUCCCAACCACUCAAAAUGAUGGACCAGAUGAUUGCUUUCUCAUUGAAUUGAACUUUCCUGCUAUCUCAACUGCUGAGUUCGACUCUGAUGAUAUUACGCCAGUUUCUAAAGCCUUGAAUUUGAAUUGUGCUUCUAUAAUUGAUAUCAGGAGGACUACUACUACAGACGACCUUUUUGUUGUGCUGCCAUCUGCUAAAGCUGUAAGUGAAUUGCAGCCACAUUUUGAUGAUGUGCUAAAAUGUCCCGGAAGGGGAAUAAUCGUUACUGGAGUUGCUCCACCGGAGUCUGAAUUUGACUUUUACACUCGAUUCUUCUGUCCCAAAUUUGGAGUGAAUGAGGAUGCGGUCUGUGGGAGUGCACAUUGUGCUUUAGCCCCUUAUUGGGGAAAGAAACUCGGAAAGUGUGAUUUUAUGGCGUAUCAGGCAUCACAAAGAAGUGGGAUUUUAGACAUUCAUUUGGAUGAGCUGAAUCAGAGAGUUCUGCUGCAGGGAAAAGCUGUUACUAUUAUGCAAGGCUCUAUUCUGGUCUAAGAUUUUUGAGCCUUACUGUUAUGCAGAAACGUUUGUCGUCUCUUUUUCCAUUUUAUGGGUAUUCAUGAACCCACCUUUCAUCCUAUUUGUAUUAUGAAUUUAUUAACUUGGAGCAUCUUUAAAUGUAAAACGUAUUUCG